UAUGUAAAAUAAGAAUUUUGUUGAGUAGGAAAUGUGUACAUAUACGUAGAGCCCAGCUGAAAGAGGCAAAUUUGUAGGCUCCGCCGCCACGGCCCCAUCAGCUCAAAUUCCAGUUGAGAAGCCCAAAUCAGAAAUCUGUCGUACCAUUCACUCGCUCUCAACUCUGAGUUUCCGUUUCCGAGUUCUUUCUGAAUUCUGAUCGAUCUCGGCACCAGCUGCGAUUUCUCUUCGUCGGAGACGCUAUUCAACGAGCUUAAAGAAGCCGCACUUCAAGAUCAUCCCCUUCCAAGUAUGUUCUUGUUUUCAUUUCUGCUUACAAAUUCGACCCCAGAACCCUAGAAGUUAGAACCAGGGAUUACAAUCCAUCCCCUCCUUUAAAGGCUUUGGAUCAAUUGCUAUCAGAUCUGGAUCCAUCAUUCCACCAUGUCCUCCUGUUUAGCCCUUGCUCUGCAACCUGCUAAUGGAUCUGAUAUCCUCCUACAAACUCGUGAAUGGUUCCCUCCCCCGCGAGCGCUAGUUGCCCUAUCCUCCUUUCGCCAGAUGCGAUUGGCCUUCGCUGUCACCAAGCACCAAAGCCACCACGCAUCGACCGUCCUUGGUGAUGAUUCCUCGCUCGCCGAUUCUAUUGCCUCACUUGGUGAUGAUCCUUUGGCUGCCUCUAAUGGUCAGGUUAUUGUCGGUGUGGAGAGCCGCUACCGAGUUGUCUAUCGCCUCGUCAAUGGCAUCUAUGUCCUCGGCAUCACCACUGCCGAUCAAGAUAAUUCUGUUAAUGUCUUUGAGUGUAUCCAUAUUGUAAACCAAGCUGUCAGCGUCGUUGUUACGGCAUGUCGUGGUGUUGAUGUCACACCUGAGAAGCUUAGCCGGAAAUACGCGGAGAUUUACAUGGCGUUGGAUAUUGUUCUAAGGGGUGUCAGCAAUAUUCGCCUUGCGGCAAUGCUUUCUUCGAUGCACGCCGAUGGUCUUGCCAAGAUGGUUCAUUCAGCCCUCGAUACAGAGAAUAAGAUUCGUGGGGCUGAUAGUUGGAAUGCCAUGGAGGUUCACUCGAUUGAGCAUGAAGCCAAUGUGCAGGCAUUUUCAAGUGCGCGGUUUGAGCUACCCGCGGAGACUCUCGAAGCUGGGGAUGAAAUAGCUGCAACUCUUGCUCCUGUCACUCAGAGUGUGAAUGAGCAACAGGAUCAGCAGCAGCAGAAGACUGAGGAGCCCGCUGCUGAGCAUGAUCCAUUUGCGGCAAGUGACAUGAUUAACAAACCUGAAGAGCUCGUGAGCGGGUUCAAGAAGAAUAAGGACCCUUCUGCUACUGAUUUGACUAUGGUGUUGGCGGGUCUUGAGGUGCCAACAUUGCCACCUGCGGAAGCCACUCAAUCAACUCAUAUUGGUGUUGAGGGAUUCGAAGGAAACUAUGGUGGUAUAGAAUUCAGUACUGAUCAAGCUACAAUGGAAGAAACUUUUGAGGGCUUCGGUGAUGCUUGGGGUGGAGGAUUGGAUCCAUCUGAGUUCGUAGGUCCUGAGAAGGUUAAGAAAUCAGAGGGUCUUGGUGGGUUGGAGCUCUUGCAGACCGGAAGUGAUCCAAAAGCGGCUGUUGCUGAUGCUAGUGGUGCAGCAACGCCACUUGAGAAUUUGGUGACUAAAACUGAAAUGAAGGGUCCCGAAAUGUAUAUCGUCGAACAGAUUAGUGCAGAGUUCAGGGAAUCACUGCUGGCAAGAGUAGGAUUUAUGGGAGUUAUAUAUUUGAAAACUUUGCCACCUAAAACCUCAGAUGACAAAGAAACAGAGUUUUCUUUUCGCGUUGAGGAUACAGCUCCAGUUAAACGAUUUGUCGUGCAGGGUUCUCGUGUUAGUAGUCUUGGAAAUGGAAUGUUUCACGUGCGAACAGCGCCUGUAAAUGAGCCCAUACCAAUUAUCAAGUAUAGCUUGCUACCUAGAUUAACCCCAUUGCCUUUGCGAGUUCGUCUCAUACAACGUCAUAGCGGGACUUUACUCUCAGUGAUGGUUCAGUAUGCUGCGAACCCCGAUUUGCCAUUACCUUUGAAGGAUGUGACUUUUACUCUGAAACUACCUGUUGAUCCCACAUUGUUAAAGGUGUCUCCAAAAGCUGUAUUGAAUCGGUCUGAAAAAGAACUAAAAUGGCACGUUCCCGAGAUUCCUUUGAAGGGUUCUCCUGGUCGAUUGAGAGCUAGGAUGCCUGUGGAUCAGAACGAGGAAGAUGAAGGAGAAGAACUUGAAGUGAUUGGUUAUGUGAAAUUUUCAGUUCAAAGUUAUAGAUCACUAUCUGGGAUUUCUUUACGGCCGGCUACGGAGGGUAAGACAGACUUCUAUGAGACAGAGCACAAAUUUGAGUCUGGAGUCUAUAUAUGCAACUGAAGUCUUUAAAGGUAUUUAGUAAGGUUGA